GCCAUACCCUCCAGUAUUCCUGGAGAACCCCAGACGUUUAGAAAGCACAUGGGAUUCUUCAGCACUCUGGCCGCCGGGUUCUCAAUAAACAACAGUUGGCUUGUAGCAGCCGCUACUAUGGUCAUACCCCUCAGCUUUGGACCGAUGGUCACCGCCACAGAUAUCCUCAUCGUUGCUGUGGUGUAUACGUGUGUCGGCCUCAGUCUGGCCGAACUAGUAUCUGCCUACCCAACCGUGGGUGGACAAUAUCAUUGGACGUCUCUCUUGGCACCUGAUUCUGUCAGGCGAGGCAUGAGCUUUGUUUGUGGAUUUCUUAGCUGGGUUUCUUGGAUUGCCAUGUCUGCAGCAAGUUACGGAGCCAUCUCGAUGUGUGCCAACGCCCUGGCCUUCAACAGCAACCCCGAUUUCGUUCCCCGAGACUGGCAUGCCUUUUUUUUCUAUCAGGCUGUCAACACACUUGCCCUAAUGGCCAACAUGUUCGCACACACCCAGCUCCACAAGUUAUACUCGAUUGGCCUGUUUGUUAGUCUGGCCGGUUUCACCGCCAUCACGGUAACCUGUCUCGCUCUGCAAAAGCAGAAACAGAGCUCACAGUUUGUUUGGGAGUUAUCUUUCCAAACAUCGGGCUGGCCGGUAGGCAUGGAGGUACUCAUAUCCCUCGCCGGACCCGUUGUGAGCUUCUGCCCCUUGGACAGCGCGGUUCACCUGGUUGACGAGGUUAUUAACCCGGCUGCGGCCGUGCCACGAGCGCUAGUUUCAGUCAUCGUUAUAUCAUCCGUCACCGCUUUCACGUUCCUGAUUUCGAUGCUUUACUGCAUCUCAGACAUUGACGCCGUGCUGUCUAACCCCGCAGGCUUCCCGCUAAUGCCCAUCUGGGAGCAGGCAACUGGAUCGAACGUUGCCGCUAUUGUCUUUACUUCUGUCGUCAUAUUCCUACUGCCAAUCGGGAGCAUUGCUUCGGCGCAUAUUGCAUCUAUGAUGACCUGGAGUCUCGGACGGGAUCAUGCUCUGCUGUUCUCAGAUAGACUAAGCUCCAUUCAUCUCAAGUUGAAUACGCCUGUAUGGGCACUGCUUCUCAACUGGUGCCUCAUGUUCAUUAUUGGGGUUUUGUAUUUUGCCAGCUCCAUCGCAGCCUUCAACAAUAUUGUUGGUAUUGCCGCUAUCCUUCAACAACUCACGAUAUCUUGCCCGGUAGUUCUACUCCUCCAUCAGAGACGCUCUGAGAGCUCUCUGCCUUCCAAACGGCCCUUCAAGUUGCCAGGUGCCAUUGGCUGGAUCUGUAACCUCGUUACCGUAGGCUUUACCGCCGUAACAUCAGUUACCUUCCUCUUUCCUGCUACCACGACUACUAGUCCCCAAUCAAUGAAUUACGCCAUAGUGGUUCUCUUUGGUGUUCUACUUCUUGCAAUUGCUAACUGGUUCGGCUACGCGAAGAAGCAUUAUGAUAGCCCGCUUGUUUUCCAGGUUCAUGACUAG